CACUGCAGAGAGCUCAGUGAUCGGGCAAGUUCAGUCAGCCGCUGCUCGUCUCUGGUCGCGUUCGGUCCGUGCCGUCUCGGGAACCUGACACCAACAGUCUAAGAUCGAUGAGGUUUCAGUUGUGAGGAAAUUCAGCCUUUGUGAUGAGGAAUUGUCGACUGGUCUCCGCGAGUGUUCCGGGAUCCUCGCCGACGAUUCGUCGAGCGCCACCCACCGGGUCCAAGUUCACCUAGCAUUCGAUAUGCUCAGUAGGGAUUGAUGUUUGACGUUGUUGUAUAAUUAAAUCAAUUCUGACUCGCCUAGUCUUUCGAAAUAUAUUGUCGUUGAUGUUUAGUGAUAAUUUGUUGAAUGUGUUCGUAUCGUUGGUAGCGAGCGAUUGUGGGCCGAUCUGUGAUUUGGACAACAUUUCCGAACUGGGUGGCGCGGUGGUCCGGAGACGUAUGGACCUGUGGGACAGCGAGUAGAGGAGGAGCACGUAUACAACGGCGGCGCGGGUAUUACUGUUGACCAGUUGGUUUUGCCUGGUGUUGCUCGUGAAGGCGGAGGCGACGACAAGGCCGAGGCGGCAGAUCGACCAAGAGGAAGAGGACUCCAACGUGACGGCUGCGACGGAGGGAGUAGUAACAGCGUGCAAGGGGCUGCCAGGGCCCAUGUCACCCCAUGCCCCGCAUAUGGAAACAUUGUGGAGCGUCGCUGUGCUGGCGGUGCUUCUAGUCACGACCCUGGGCCUCAUAACGUGUGUCGUGAGUCACUACAAGGGCACGGUGCGGCCCUGUCACCCCCCCGCCCCUGCCACCCCCAUAACCACCCCCAUGUUGGCGCUGCAGGCGGGAAUGGAGCGGGACCUGGGGGCGCAGCGGGACCGCCAGAUCCGGCUACACUCGGUUCACACAGACCUAGAGCUGGACCUUCCACCCAGUAUAGCCCUGCCGGACGGUGAGGAGAUACCCUACGGCAGCUCGACUAGGCUGCACAUCCGAGACUCGGAACAGGAGAGUGAGAUCUACCAGAAAUGUAUCCGAGCGCCACCGAACCGAACGGUAUUCGAUGGAGAGAGUCCACCACCGUACCGGUCGAGUUCAGCGGGGCUUCUGUCACUCAGCUCGGCGACGUCUUCUUCGUCUAGCAGUAGUGGCGAGUGGACGACCAGCGUAGUCCGUUGCCACAGUAUGUCUAGUAGAUACCCUCCCCCAUCUCACUUACCAGCUGUGAUAGUGCCAACACGACAGAGGCUGUCCUCGACCCCCCUCGCGGUGGUACCCCUGCCCCACCACAAACCCCCCCCUCGCCCGCUCUAGGUUCCAUCCGCCGCCCUCAGUCUUCUCUCUAUCUGUUGCUGACUACGAAGCAGGGAUCGCAUCGCUGUCGCACGCGAGAAUCCAUUCCAUCUUUGUAAUUCUUGGCUAGCCUUUUGAAUGUUGUGUUUAGUUUAGGUCAAAGUUUUUUUUAGAUCGAACCGACUGCUUUUCUGUACAUAAUAACAGUGGUAAAUUUGUUGACGGAAGUUCGUACCCGGUCCAAACGAAACGGGUGCGAACUUCGACUUUCAAUGUUCCACAUUUGGAUUGUGUACUCAGUGUAUCGCUUAAAGUCAUUCUCUUAACUUUAAUUUGUUUCCGACUCGUACGGCAAAAGAAAAGCGCUCACGAAGAAUUAUGAACUUGGUAAUGGAAAUAAUGUCCAUGAAUUGUUCAGUGUUGAAAGUGUUUAGCUCAAUUAAUUGUUAUGGCAAAUUUAAUUAAAAGUUGUUCAUUGGAUUAGUGUAAUGAGAACAUAUGAAGAGUAUAUCUGCUGAUGUGUACAACUGCGUCUCUGUUGAGACCAAACUUGUGGAGGAGAAUGAAUUUGUUUACUAGAGUAAAUGCACUUGAAAUACAAAAUUGUCUCAAUACUUUAUAUUUUUAAAUUUGUAUUUAAAGUAAAUAGCUGUUAUUCACAAUGAUAAAUGUAUGUGCUCUUUCUUUUUUUUACACUAUAGAAAAAGCUCGGUGAUAUUUCUUGUACAGGAAUUUUAUGUAAAACUAAUUCACCUUUGGGACAAAGAAAUCAAGAUUUUGACCUGAUUCAAUCAGCGCUAAAUUUUGGCAAUGUUCAAGAGCUAAUUUUUCUAUGAAAAGCUAAUAAACGUUGAACUUGUUGAGUUGAUUCAAGUGCAGUCUGCCAAAGAUAACGUGUAAUCAGCAGUUUUUUGGGCAGAGUGAUGAAUGAGUGACCUGUGUUUAGCGUGGUGCUACAUCACAGUCUAGACGAGAUAUGUUAUCAGAGCAUUGAAGAGUUGUAGACACAUCAGCAGACAUCUCUGCUUGUUCUGAGAACAAGUGGUGACUGUUCCCACCUCAGAUAUUUGCAGUGCACACUUAUGCGAUUCCAUGUCACUCUGUUACGUCGUUUUGUUGCUUGCCUUCAAGCUCCUGACAUGUUUCUUUACAUGUGUACAGAUAUGGCUGUUUCCAAACUCACAUUACAUUUUUUGGAAGCAUAUUCCACAGCUUAAAAAAAAAAUUUUUCCUCCCGUGGAUAUAUACUCAGAACUGCCCCCUUUCAAGGUUGCAAAUUUCCAGAGUCAGCCUAAAAAAAUCAUAUUUCCUUUAAAGCGGCCAAACUGGCUGACAACAAAUUAUAGAAUUUGAAACCUGGGGGUGUUGUUAUCUGCAAAAAAUUUUAAUUCUGCCCAUAAAUGAUCUGGAACUUCUUUGGGUGGGUGAUUUUAGUGAAUUUCAGCCCUUUUCUCGGGAUUUGACCUGGUUUUGUAAAUAAGUUCUAAUUACUUGAGUUCUAUACGAAAUUUUGUUUCAAAUUUAGUAUAAAAUGGGAAAAUAUAUUAUUACACAGAUAACAGGUCCAUUAAAAUAUAUUAUCACCCCAGACACAAAGUGACGUAGCUGCUGUAAAAUCAUUAUUUUUUCAGAUCUUGACUUAAUAUCUGCAAAAAAAAUUACCUUUAUGACCUUUUUUGAAUAGAAAUACACAUGUAAAUGAAUCCACGACUACAACUGUUUUUCAUUAAGAAAGUUAACAAAGAGGUAUAAUAAAGUUUUUAUUUCAGCACUUAUACCACUGUGUUUGGGGUGACAAUAUAACCCACGUACGUCACCUAGAAAUGAUGUUUUUGAGAAACAAUAUUAUUUUCGUUAUACUGAGUGAUUGAGAUAACAAUAUAUAGCUUUCACUGCUGUGCAAAACAUGCCAUUUUAACACCUGGAUGCGUAGAAUAUUGCAAGGAGGUUUUUGUGUGUUACAUCAAGCAACUAUAACAAUUUCUUGAAAAUGCAGGCAUUUGCAAGCACAAUCGCAUAAGUGUGACACAAAAUAGCAUUCUACUCGUCUACAGCUAAAUGUCCACGACUUGAGAGCAAUUCAACACAAAAUCAACACAUGUGAUGACCUUGUUUCAUCUUGAACUUUCUAACACCUUUAAUUGUAACGUAUGAGAAUAUUUACACCGAUAUUUUAGUCCCUAUUUUUGAUUUUUUUUUACAUAUUUUUCUUUUUUUAUUAACAUUUGUACUGCAAUGUAUACAGAUCUCCUUUUAAAACACUAAAAAUUCACGCAUUCUUAAUUCUAAUACCAAUUUGAAAUGACUUGGUUAUUGAAUUAUUUAGGACAGUAAUGUGAUAAUUCCAUAUUAAAAAUUUUAUUGUUUUACCGAUGAACUUAAACAAAAAAUUAAACUAACUUGUGAUCAUUAGAUGAAUUUCAAAAUCAAAACUUUUAAAUUUGCACUAAUUUUGUUUACUAAACUUUUAAAACUAAAACAGCAAGUUAUAGGGAGUUGUUUUCUCAGCCCCCAAAUUCACUGUCAGUAAGAUAUAAACUACUAUUGUUGAAUUUGUUCAUAUGUGGACAUUCAGCUGCGGACAGCGUGUAUGACCCCCAACCUCAGUUCCAUUAGUUAAAUGCAUUGUUGAUCAAUUGAUUGUUUGAAUUAGCGAAUAAUUUGUGGGAUUCGAAGUUUGUCUGUGAUAAACCUCCGUAAGUUGUCUCUCUGGUUUCCUGAAUGGGAGCUCUACAACAGUGUAAUAAUGGGUCUGUAACGCGUAAUUUCUUGUCCUGGCUAUGAACUGUUUUGUCUUGUGAAGUAAAGACAUGUUGGAGCUUCCUCUCCCGCCGUGAGGUGAGUGAAGAAACUGAUGGAGAGUUGUGGAGAUGUGGACGAGUCAAGCAACUGUGAGUUAUGCAGUCGGAAUAUAAUAUAGCAUUUGAAAACAUAGUGGGAAUCGUCGCCGACAGAAACAAUAAACUGAACAUAAAUAAAGGCAAACUUAAAGAAGUGGUUCACGAUUACGUUUUAAACGUAUUUCUUUUUCAAUAUUUUGUGUAGUUGCUAUCUUGUUCCCCCGAGAAGGGAAUCCCACCUCCACCAUUCUCCACUUUCGUGGUGAUUCAGUUUCUUGACUCACCUCACGACUGCUACUCUGCUCUAUGUUGCCGGUCAACAUCACGACUUAGCAGAAAUUUAGGGAGCGGAGGGUUUAUAGAAUUCUUAAACGCAAAACAAGCAAUUUCAGUCUCCACACUUUUAAAUUGUUUUCAAUCGAUAUACUUGUACCAAUGUAGAGUUUGAGAUAGAAGAAUUGAGAGAUUGUUGGAGAGCCUGAUUUCAAAUUAAAUGUUAUAAAUUAAGUUUUUAAAUUCUAUAUGAAACGAUGCAUACCUACUGUUACAAAUUAAAUGUACUCUGUUUGCUGAACCAAAGAUUAAAAAGCCAACUCUGAACGGUUGUGGUUGGAAUUGGUUUUUGUCGGUUGCCAUCCAAUUGUCGUGAUCAGGUGGUAAUCCAAAUACCGAUAAUACUGGCGAACACAAUUGAAAAAAGUCGAAAUAAGAGAAAAACACGAAUACAACCCUCUUUGUUCUCUUGAACUGGAAUUUUUUGUAAAUUUUUCCAGUCACGUUUUAAGGAAAAGACAGAUAUUUGUAAAAACAUUGAAAUAAGGCUGAAGUAUCAGUGAUAUCACAAUCCUUGUCUAUUUUAUGAGCCUACACAUAUAUUUUUCGUGUAGACUUUGAUCUCCUGAGCAGAAACCCGGUGUCGGACAAUGUGAAUACGCUGUGUAUUUCACCCCAAGUGAUCAUAAACGGAUCGAGUGAAGCCGAAUCCGCAGUUUCGUCCAAACUGUGAUGAUCGGUCAAAGCCAACCAUGAAUUCACAUCCAGUAUGUCAAAAACAGGGUUGUAUUCGUAGUUUUCUUUUAUUUCCCCUAUUUUUAAUUGUCUAUUUAAUGGAUUGUAAUAUUAACUAGCUAAGAGAAUGUUUUUAAGUUAAGUGACAAUAUUUCUGUGACGCUUCUGUGUUUUGUAAUUUUAGCCACUGUUUUGUUACUAUUGUUUUUAGUUAUUUUACCGCUUACUAUGUAUUGGAUGGCAACGGAAUAGCAACAAUAACUCUUACUUCUACGGCACUCCAUAAUGCUUCCAUCCCAUUGUGCAAUAGUGUCUCUCUGCCAUAUUGAUUUACAAUAGCCUCCCCCUUACAAUAGAUUUGGGUAGUACAUAUAUCAAUAUUAUAUAUAAUAUAUUAUUUAUUCCAGUAUAGUAGUACAGGUUACAAUUUUGAUGUCACUGAGGAUGGCAGUAUUUAUCCAUACAUUUGUGUUUUGUUCACUUUUUACUACAAAGUGCAUUUUUCAAGUUAUAUUCUUUGUGCGUCUGCUUUGGUGUAGCAGCAUGCAAAUUCUUUUGCUCCAAAAAAUGUAAUAAUAAUCUCUUGCAUUCCAAGACUGUUUUUUAAUGUUUCUCGAUACCGAAUAAUUAUAAGCGCAUUGUACUAGGCUCUUUAAAUGUUCAUUUUGUCCCACGAAACAAUCCUGUCAUUAAGAAUUGAAAAAUUUACGGAAAUUGUAAUGUUGUGGAGUUUGAUUUUUAGACAUAGAGGUAUUAGAGAUUCGCAACCAAAUACUGUCAUCCUUUUAUCAGUCAAGUCUCGCAGUAUAAUAUAUAUACAGUGUUUAAUAUAGAACCUAUUCAGUUGUUAUUAUCUGUAUUGUUUACGAGGCCCGACUCUCCGCCCGGCCACUCCCACGAGGCUGUGACUGUAGCAGACAACAUUUAUUAGUUUAGAAUCUUUUAGCUGUUCCGAUCAAUUGUUUUUCCUAGCUUUCUAAAAGUGCCUUUUAUGGAAAAAAAGAAGUUGAUUGUUUUGUACCGAUUCUCACCCUGGUGCGGUGGAGUGUCGGGCCCUGGCAGUGCUGGUGCAAGAACGAGGUAGAGAGAAGGUGCAGUGUAGUGCAGUGACACAUCACACACGGCCGCGGUGGCGGUUCCGCUGUCUUUGUUUUGUACCGUCAACAAACUGUUUUCUGUUGAAGAGCGUGCAGUUGCAGUACGCUCGUUAUUUAUUUUGUAGAAGAUUGUGUUGUGACGAACUCUCUCCCUCACAAGACUGUGAUGCCAAUCUUCGUGUGUACAGUGACUUGUGCGCGACCAGCCCCACGCCUGAGCGAGUCUAGCCUAGACGACAAUCAUUACACUAGCGCGAUAUGUGUCUUGAUUCUGUCAAAACUGUUUCAAUUCUAAUUGUUGUUCUGAAGAGCAGUUUAAAUAGUUUAUAGUUAGACAAUAUUUUGCUAACUUAAAAGUUAUAUGUGAAAUUCGGUUGAAUUCGUAAAUGUUUAAGCUGUUUGUUUUUCCAAGACGUUGUAAAUCUUCCAAACUGUAUCUGUCCAGCUCAGCCUCGACGAAAAGACACCAAAUAUAAACAUUCCUAGAGGUCCAGUUCAGAUGGUCAUAGAAACGCCUUUGACAAAGUACAAAUAUGGCGGCGCAAUGGCUGGUCGCGCAACGGCUGGUCGCGCAACAACUGGUCGCGCGCCGAUGCUCGGGAAGGACUCAACACUUUGUGAUAAUAUAUUGUGGUUCCCAGCAUCAACAUUUGGCCACUCCGACGCUCGAAAACGUGGCCGAAUUUUGACGUGAUAUUGCUUGUACGGUAAUUCAAUGUAUAUUAUAUUUAAUUUAUGUUAAAUAAAAUAAAAUGGGUGAUACAGCUAAAGGCACAUGGUGCACGUCUAAUACAUGCACAUUAUAGACACAAUUUAUUAUUUUCUUUAUGGUUUCAUAAAAUAAAACUUUUUUUAUAACUGUAUAAAGUGUAUGAUAGACAACCAGCAGGGGUUACUAUAAUAUUAUUCCUUACUGUUCCAUUGUGAUUUUAUUUUUCUCUUCAACAUAAUAUGGUAAAAUUGUAUCAAUUAGUAUUAUUUAUUAUUUAUGUGACUAAGUUAUUUGUAUUGACUGAUUUCAGUUCAUGUCUGCAUGGACGGUGUUAUAUUUUUUAUUUAUAAGAAUUAAUGUGAAAAGUACUAACUAAAAGUAAGUUUCAACUGAAAAAAACAAAUUGCGGUCAGUGUUAUCACCAAUUUAGUCAUUUAAAGAAAUUAAACGGAAAAUUAAAAUAAA